AUGGUUAAUUAUGAGAAGUCCAUGUUUAUGGUUAGCAGGAAUACAAGUCGUUGUGUAGCUGCCAACAUAGAGAGUGAACUUCAUGUGACCCGAACUAACUGCAUGGGUCAAUAUCUAGGACUGCCAUCACAAACAUCUCGCAAUAAAUGCCAAGUUUUUAAUAAUAUUUUGAAUCGUGUUUGGCAGUUUCUUCAGGGCUGGAAGGAAAAGCUAUUCUCCUCUGGAGGGAAGGAGGUGCUAAUCAAAGCGGUAGCUCAAGCUAUCCCGAACUAUUCGAUGAGUUGCUUCCGGUUUCCUAUGAAUCUUUGCAAAGAAAUCAACUCCCUAUAUGCAAGGUUUUGGUGGGGCUCAAAUGAUAGAGAGAAGAAAAUCCAUUGGCCAAGUUGGAAGAGGUUGUGUGUAAGUAAAGAGCAAGGUGGUUUGGGUUUCAAAGAUCUUUGCAUUUUCAACCAAGCUAUGCUUGCAAAACAAAGUUGGCAGAUUAUUAAGAAUCCUAACAGCCUUUUGGUAAGGGUCUUGAGAGGAAAGUACUUUAAGCAUGGGAAUUUUAUGACGGCUGAGCUAGGCUCUAAUCCCUCAUUUGUUUGGCGAAGCAUCUUGUGGGGGAAGGAGCUUUUUGUCAAAGGCAUCAGAUGGAGAAUUGGGAAUGGAUUCAGUGUUAUAAUUGGAAGUGAUCCAUGGAUUCUGCGGGAAGGGAGCAGUCUCCCAUUUUAG